AUGAAGCACAUUUCCGGCACAGCUUCCAUCAAGAUGCAAUUGGAUUCAUGGUGCGUUGUAUGGAAGCGCUAUUUGCUUUUGGUAUCAGCACUUCAUGCAUUGGAUAUUGAGCGUCACCACUUGACAUGCAACAACAACGGAUCCCUUCUUAUGCAGCAGCACGCUUGGUUAAGGGAUCCUAAGGCUUCCCAUUGGGGCAAGCUACUUGAAUUGAUGCUCGAAAUCAAGGAUUAUCAACGACGUUUACGACCACGUAUAACGGUGAUUGAGGACCGACCACAAACUCGGUUGAGAAGGAUUUCAAUGUUGGGUUGGCGAUUUGCAUUUACCUGA